GUUCGUUCCACAAAGCAGCUGCAAGGAAUCGUUCGUUCGUGCGAAACUACCUGAUCGAAGCUUUGCUAUCAGAGGAACCAUGGCCAUGGAGAGGUUCAUCACAGCGCUCGUCUUCUGCGAGGCGCCCCUCGAUGUCUACAACACAUCGGUGCUCACCGCCGGCAAGAUCAACAGCAUGUCCGUCUCUGGAGGCAGUGCGACGAAGCCAGCGGCGGUGGCUAGCAUGGCGGACGCUGAGAAGGAGCAAGGGUUCUUCUCUGGCAAGUCGACGGCGCAACAGCGUGCUGGGUUCGAGCUCGCGUUCGAUGGGCUCAAUUGCUUCGACACGGUCGUCAUGCACUGAGCAUCCUGUCCGUUUCUUGAUUUUGAUCUGUAUAGCACUUUGAUAAAUCGACCCAGUCUGAUCUGAGCUUAUGAUUAUUUGUUCAUUCGAUCGUACGUACUAUUUUACAUGUGAAAGGAAAUUUAAUUGGAUAUAUUUCUGUUUUCUGUUUUACGCCGAGAAACACAGAUCAUUUAGUUAGUCAGUACUUAUUUUGACUCGUGUUCUGUAUCUAUUUGAAAAGUAUGUAUAUAUGGAAAAUAACAAGAUCUUGGUGAGCAGACGACAGAACUACAGUCUCAGAUGCUACAAUUCUGCACACAAGCCAGGGUUUGUUGAUUUGUGGGCAGUUAAAAAACCACUCCUAUUUUGCAUGCAUGCCUAAUCCUUCAAGGAGCUCCUUUAUAUGCAAACUCUCAGUCCUCUGCCCCAUUGGUUAACACAGGCAGUGUAGUCUAUCAUCCACCGACGAAGUGCGCUCAGUAGUCAAUCAACGGCCAUUGGGACUGCCUGGGAGCUUCCUCUAUGUUUUGAGAAAAAAAUAUCCUAUACGACUGGGUCUUAUGGUUUUGAUCCGGAGAGCCACUCAGCUGAUUGACGCAUGGAAGCGCCAAUCUCGGCACAAAAUCAAAAUAAUGAAGUAUUUCUAAGAAAGAAUGAACUAGUUGCUUUGGUAUUACCCUUUAAAAAAAAGAAAAUGAAAUAUAAACUAAACAAAAUCACACACCCGGUCAGUCCACCACGUAGGACGUGGCUCGGCCGGACCACAUUUUCUCUUUCUUUAUUCAUUUCUUUUCGUUCUCUCUCUUCAUCUCCACCAAUCUCUACCGGACA